ACAGCGACUCAUUCGACAGCGUGUUGUACUUCGUAAGAUGACAGAUCGAUAAGUAACACGUCGUGGUCCACCAGUCAAGAAUGCAAGUACGCCGUAAAAACGCAUCACGUGUUGAUAAGGUUAAUCAACGACGAUAACGAGUCACGUCAUUCAGUAAGUCGUGGCGAGCUCCUGCAGAACGAGGUGGCUAUUGAAAUGUCCCAUCAAGCUAACGGAACCCGGAUCGUCGAGGCGGAUGACCUUGUGCCUAUUUUGGCACCUACCGCUGAUAUUUCACCGCGAUUGAAGACUUUGGCAGCUCAUUUCAUCUCCAAAUACAAUGUAGAGCCGUCCUUUAUCGUCAGAGUGCCAGGAAGAGUUAAUCUAAUAGGCGAGCACAUCGAUUACUGCGGAUAUUCGGUCUGUCCAAUGGCCAUUGAACAAGAUAUCCUUGUCGCGGUAACAUUAUCGAAAGAUAAUGAAAUUCAUCUCACCAAUGUAGAUUCGAAGUACGAAGACUUCCGAUGCAGUUUCAACAACACAGGAUCUUAUAUUAGCGAUAGCGAAAGCGGGCCGGCAUGGUACAAAUAUUUUCUAUGCGGUGUAAAAGGAGCGCUGGAAAUAAUCCCAGCGGAGUCGGUUCCAACGGGAAUUCUGAUUGCGGUAUGGGGAAACAUUCCCCCUAAUUCUGGCCUUUCGAGUUCCAGCGCGUUGGUCUCGGCCGCGCUCCUCUCGGUCGUACACGCUAGUCAGCAUCAAUUAUCAAAACAUGAAUUGGCAACUAUCAGUGCUCGAGCAGAGAGACAUAUCGGCACUCAAGGUGGCGGAAUGGACCAAGCUAUCGCUUUUCUUGGGAAAGCAGGUACGGCUAAGUUGAUAGAGUUUAAUCCCCUGCGUGCAACUGAUGUAACAUUGCCAGAAAAUGCAGUGUUCGUAAUAGCACAUAGUCAAGCAUAUCACAAUAAAGCCUCAACCGCCGACUACAACCUCAGAGUUGCGGAAUGUCGAUUGGCCGCACAGAUGAUAGCCAAGAAAGGAAAUAUGAAUUGGGAGCGUGUUCAAAGAUUAAUCGACAUUCAGGAGAGGCUCGCUUUAGAUUUGGACGAUAUGGUUACUGUAGUAAUGACAGAACUACAUGAAGAGCCGUAUACUCUUGAUGAGAUUUGCGAGAGCCUCGGUACGGAUUACGAACGAUUGAAGAAAACGUCUCUCGUCAGUUCCUUUAAUAUCUCGCAAACGUUCAAACUGCAGCAACGGGCUCUGCACGUUUUUCAAGAGGCUGGCAGAGUGCUCGCGUUCCGCCGUAUAAAUGAGGAAGGCAGCAUAAUGGAACACGAGAAGCUUCAACAUCUAGGCAACCUGAUGUCGAAGAGCCACGCCAGUCUCUAUAAAUUGUACGAGUGCAGCCAUCCUAGCGUAGAUGCGCUCGUCGAAAGAGCCAUAUUUUGCGGUGCAUUCGGCGCUCGACUCACAGGAGCAGGUUGGGGCGGUUGCAUCGUAGCUAUUAUUGAUAAAAAUGGAGUUCAGCAAUUCGUCGAGGCUCUCCGAACAUAUCUUUGUCAAAAUAGCACAAAGGAUCGAGCGGAACUCGAAAACAUGGUGUUCCCGACGUCACCAAAUCAGGGCGCUAUUAUUUACACAGCAUCAACACUGUUCUGAACCAUAAAACCCUACGAUAAAUAUAGUGUUUUGCUUAGUCCGCGUUGUCACACCUUUGUUGACAUCCUAUCAUUUUCUGUUGGUCACUUUACUUUGCUUCCCUCAUUUACCCAGCUCUUUCAUCCUACGUCAUAAAAUUUAAUUGAAUGAUAGAAUGCCACACGCCUAUGCGCCAUUCGGUGUUUCUUUGAUAUUUAUUAUGCCUUGAAACCACGAACGAAUAGAGUAUAUUAUGUUUAAACUUACUUUGCUUCUUGCCAUUUAAUCACUAAUAUAUGAAUUCUAUUCAUUAUAAUAGUAUUAAAUGAAAUCUAUUGAAUAGAGUGCCUUGUAAUUGCACAUUACGAUUUUCUCGAAACAAAGAUCCCUUAUAAUUAUAAUACAACGAGUAGUAAUUCGUUAUUCCAAAAA